AUGGAAACCACUACAACAACAGAAGCCAGCGAUGUUAUUAUGGAAGAUGAAAAUAAUGAAAYAUCUGCACAAGAUGAAUGCUUAGAAAGACCUCAAGGAUUCCAUGACUACGAGACUCUCUUACUCUGCUACGAUAUUGUUGAAGAAUCAGCGAAGAACAUUAACUAUGGAUCAUACUCAAAACUUUAUGAUGAUGAUAUGAUUGGUAGACCUAGAAAGUUGUCUUGUUUCGAAGAAUUUAUUCUUGUUGCUAUGAAACUAAGACUUGGUCUUUUUAAUCUUGAUCUGGCACAUCGAUUUAAAGUCUGUGAGAGCACUGUAUCCUUAAUCUUUAGAACUUGGAUCAGAUUUUUUAGAUUAGAGCUUGAGCCCCUAAUCUUAUUACCACCAACAGAGGUCCUGAAACAACAUUUACCACCACUCUUUGAGCUACAUUAUCCCAAGACAGCAUUAAUCAUUGACUGUACAGAAUUUGAAAUGGAAAGGCCAUCAUCASUUGACAAUCAGUCAGCAUGCUACUYGCAAUACAAAUCCAGAACCACCAUGAAGGCUUUAAUUGGCAUCACCCCAAGUGGAGUCACAGCCUUUGCCAGUGAGUUAUACCCUGGCAGUAUAUCGGACAAAGAAAUUGUAAAGAGGAGUGGAUUGUUACAAAUCUUACAGUCUGGUGAUCAAAUCAUGGCAGACAAAGGGUUCACAAUCAAAGACGAGUUGGCAUCAGUAGGAGCUACAUUUGUCAUGCCCAAMUUUCUGCAAGCCAGAAAACAAUUCACGAAAGAGGAAGCUGAGCACAACAAGAGGGUUGCAAGUCUAAGAGUUCAUGUGGAGCGGUCUACAAUAGUCAAAUAG